AUGAAACAACUUGAAGCUGCCGCCGGCGACCUAUCGAGGGACGCAGUCGUCCCUGCCAAAGCGGUGCUGAAGAUCACUAGCAUGACGGACGCGUUCCGCGUCGAGUUGGCCGACCACAGGCCCGCAGUCGUGAAGCAAACGUGUGGCCUGCUGGGCGCGCUAGCAUGGGCGUGCGGCGCGUCGUUUACGUGCGUCGUGGAAGCGCUGCUUGUCCCGAUCUUGUUGAUGGCGAUCAAGAAGAAGCAGACGAAAGUGAUCGCAACGGCCGCGCGCCAUUGUCUGGAUUGCAUGGCCAAAGCCAGCCGGUUCGCCAUCGUCAUAUUGGAGAAGACGUAUCACCACGCCAAGCAAGACGAUGCCUUGCGCAUGAUGUGCUUGUCGCUGGUGGAGCUGGUGCUUCGUCAUGGGGAUGUCGACAAUGUCAUGAGCCGUGAGGUGUACAUUCCGCCCCGUCGACGCAUUCUCAAGACUUUGCGAGACCACAAUGUUGCAGUACAAACCCACGGCCGGAUGGCGCUCUGUCUGUUAUGCGAAUACGGGCAGGAAUGCAUUGCCGAGCUACGGCAUGUAGUGGACACGGAUCUGUUGGAGCUGGCCAUGGCCGAGUACCCAGAGUCCCUCUUGGCUACAACAGGUCGACAGCCUGAAGAGGUGGCAACUGAAGCGAGUAUGUUGUGCGUCAUCCCUGAGGGUGACGAAGGCGACGUCGCCAACGCCUGGGAUGAUUUGUCGACGCGGCGACCAGCUGGACUGGAGCGUGUCGAGACUAUUGAAGAUGAAGACAACGGCGCAGACGAAAAUUGGCGUGAGUCGGCGAUGGCUGCCGUGGCCAACAAACUCGACGACAGCUGGGAUGACUUGUCGACGGUGCUCAUUACAGAGUUGUCGCCCCCUCAAAGCGGCGACCAGCUGGACUGGAGUGAGUCUAUGAUUGAAGUCGAUGCCCAUGAUGACGGUGCUGACGACGAUUGGCGUGAGCCGGCGGUGGCUGCCGUGGCCACCCAAUUCGACAACAGCUGGGAUGAUUUGGCGUUGUCAUCGACCUCAUCGGUGAUUGAUGUGCCAACGCUUGACUCGACCCGGGGCCGCGACAGAGACUCGCCGCCAAGCAAGAUCCAUCCUGCGAUGGUCCAACCUCUUUCGGCAGCAUUGGCGAUCACCGGCCCUCCAGCACACAGCCUUCCGCUGCCCAAGUUUUGUGUUCCCUCAUCUAUCAACCGAACCAUAGUACCCACAGAGAACGAAAGGAAGGCCGUAAUCUCCCCGGAUCAGUCGGUUGCUACCAACAACGCUACUGCUCCUGCUGAUCACAUCGAUGGCGCACGUCCGUCCGUCCAAGUCGGGCGCCGCCGCUCGUAUCUCAGCCUUGUGUGGGAGACCAUGUGGCGCAUCCUAUGGGUCGGCUACGUGCAAUUGGGAGCCCACUGCGACCAAUCGGCUGGUAAAUCCGGUCAGCAACUGGAGGCCUUGACCAAGACAGUUGUCGAAUGGACGGCUGCGAUGAACGUGCCAAAGCAUCAGGUUCAACUCCCAUUUGAGGAGUCCCACAAGGUUUCGUGGGACACUGUCAUGGAGGACUUGCGCCGUCGACUCGAAUUGGAGCCCAUGGCACGCCAUGGUAGUUAG